AUGAGGCGCCAGAACUCUCUUUAUCUACCUACUGAUGACUCUGAUGGCAUAAGUGAAGUGGAAGGUCCAGUUAACUCAAAUGUUGAACAUAAGUCACUAGUUAGUCGAAAACGCAAAAUACCUAAUGUAUUGAAAGUUCAAAAAUCUAAAUUUGCGUGCAGUAACGAACGAAGAGAACUGAUUCAUGAAUCAUUAGCAAAAUUAAUAUCAAUGAAUCAACUGCCAAUUUCAUUUUGUUCGAGCAUAGGAUUCAAAAAUUGUAUGGCUGUCGUUGAGCCCAAUUAUAAAGUUUGUAAGCAAGAAGCAAUGAAAGCUAGAAUAAAUAGAUUAAAAAAGUUAGUUGAAACAAAAAUAAGGGGAAAUCUACAUCAGACAAAAAGUAUCGUUUGUACAACUGACGGCUGGUCUUCGUUAUCUCAGGAUUCAUAUAUUACCGUAACUGCACAUACAAUUGAUUUACAUUGGAACGUUAGCUCUUAUACCCUUAGCACGCAUGAAAUGGAAGAACGCCAUACAGCUGAGAAUCUAGCAAUUCAAUUGGGCAAUACAUUUAAUGAAUGGGAAGUUAACAGUAGUCAUAGCUGUUGUCACCGACAAUGCUAG